GCGCGGUGGGUCUGAUUCCUUGGGCACAAAACACACCCAAUUUCGGAUUGGCCCGGUGAAGUGAAGAGGCAAUUUCUUCUCCGUUUCCUCUUAUUGGCGUCUUCUGCAACAUUUCGAAGUUGUUUGCUGACUUGCUCUGUGCCUUGUAUUUCCAAUCUCCGUUUCUCUCUCUGUUUCUCAAUACUUGCUUUGUGCUUUUGUUUGUCGAGGAAUUUGUCCCUUUCCGUUGCAAUAACUUCACUUUUAAAUAGGAAAUAUGAUUCUUAAAACUUGAACGGGAAUGCAUUUUCUUUUUAAACUUUUAUAGGCGCGAUCGACUUAAUUAUUAAAUCUUGUUGAGUGAUAUCAAGAUCCUUAGCCUUUGUAACUACAACAUGACAUUUAUUUUGCUGGUCAAGAAAGAAUGUGAUAUUUAUUGUAGCAAGUGGUGACUUUCUGAUUGUGCAUCGGUGAAGAUUCUUAUCAGUUAGCCAUUGGGGAAUUUCAGUUGUGAACCCCAGAAAGAAACUUAUGGAUCGCCUCAAUGAUCCUCCCAGUCUCGUGAUAGUUUCUGAUCUUGAUGGCACUAUGGUAGACCAUGAUGAUCCUGGAAACUUAGCCCUUCUCAGGUUCAAUGCGCUAUGGGAAGCCAGUUACCGGCACAAUUCUCUGCUUGUUUUCUCCACUGGUAGAUCACCUCCAAGUUACAGAAGAUGAUGACUGGAAACGAUAUCUGGAUAAUAACUGGGACAGAAAAGCCAUUACACAAGAAACGGCCAAGUUUCCUGAACUAAUUCCCCAACCUGAAACAGAGAAUCGACCACACAAAGUUAGCUUUUAUGUUGAAAAAGGAAAGGCCUCGGAAGUCAUUCUUGGUCUCUCCAAAUGUCUAGAAAAACGCAGGUUAGAUGUGAAAAUACUUUAUAGCAAUGGUACUGCUCUGGACAUAUUGCCCCAAGGUGCUGGCAAAGGACAGGCCCUUACCUACUUACUUGAAAAAUUCAAAGCUGAUGGCAAGGGACCAGUCAACACUCUUGUCUGUGGAGACUCAGGAAAUGAUGCUGAACUUUUCAGUGUACCUGAUGUCUAUGGUGUCAUGGUCGGUAAUUCACUGGAGGAACUGCUUCAGUGGUAUGCAGACAAUGCAAAGAGCAACCCAAAAAUAAUUCAUGCAACUGGGAGAUGUUCAGCGGGUAUUAUUGAAGCCAUUGGUAACUUUUCAGUAGGUCCAAGUGUGUCUCCAAGGGAUAUUACUGAGAAGUCAGUUGAAAAACCUUUUAAUCCUGGGCACGAAGUAGUGAAGCUUUACAUAUUUUAUGAGAGAUGGCGGUGUGGAGAAAUUGAGAAUUCUGAGCAGAAAAUGCAAACUGUAAAAUCAACCUUUCAUCACGCAGGAAGUUUUGUCCAUCCAUCAGGAGUUGAACAAAAUAGGCACCAAAUCUUAGAUGCCUUUGAGAAAUUGUAUGGGGACAAGCAAGGAAUACGCUUUCAAGUCUGGGUGGAUCGCGUGUCUUUUGCAGAGAUUAGUUUGGGAUCAUGGCAGGUCAAAUUUGACAAGUGGGAAUUAUGUGGGAAUGAAUUGCAAGGCUGCUCAACAAAAGUUUUAAUGAAUUCAAAGCAUUCGGAGUUUUGCAGGUUGAUGCACCAGAUGAGUUUACAUGGAUGCACUUGCAUCAGACUUGGUUGGAUUGUUCAGGACAAAAUGACAAGACUUGGCUUAUCUAGAUCAUCAUUUAACUUCAUAACAUUUUAUUGGGAAACGACAAUCAGGGACCUAUCUAUCCAUAACAUUAAUGUCAAAAGAAGACCUUGGAAUUCAGAAAUGACAGUGAAAGACCAAUGAUCCUUUAUGAAGCCCUGGUCUUGAAUACAGUACACCAAUAAAAAUAUGUUAUCGAGAUGCAACUUCAAUUACACGUUCACCUCCCGCUUGUAUUCGUCCUCCAAUCCCCUCAAUGACCUAUGACGUUUGCCACCUCAAUGCCAUUCUAUUCUCAACAUUGACAAUCUCUUCCAAGUCUGAGCAUGAUCCCUCUGUUGCCUCCAGUCUUGGAUUUUCAGAGGAUAGAGGAUAUUGAUACUAGGGAAAGAGAGUAGGAGUCUCAGAACAGAAGGGCAAUAUCGAUUGUAUAGUUCCCUCAAGUUUCUACUCAUAUGAUGACAUCAUUUCAUUACUCAACCAUCUUUAUAUGCUAAUAUAUUAACUACUUGUCGUAUGUCUUAUGCAUAAUGAAAGUUGUUUUCUUUUUAUGUACAAAAGUUAUAUGCUAUC